AUGGCCAACCCCAGCUGUGUCACCGCAUUUGUAUUGCCACCCCUGGCUGCAUCGCCAGUCUCAAGCUGCAUCGCCCCACUGUUUGCAUCUCCAGCCUUGGUUGCAUUGCCACCCCUGGUUGUGUCACCAACCCCAGCUGUAUCGCCAUCCCCCAGUUGCGUCAUCAGUCCCAGUUGCAUUUCCAAGGCCAGUUAUAGUUCCAUCCCAGUUGCUCUGCCAGCACCAGUUGCAUCAUGCUCCAGUAGCACUGCCAACCCUGGUUAUGUCACCAACCCCAAGCACAUUGUCACCCGCAUCAUGUUGCCAGCCCUGGUCGCAUCACCAACCCCAUCAACAUCAUUGGCCUUGCAGUUUUUCCCAGAGCCCCGUCUCCUGGAGUGCCUGCAAGGCAGCAAGCACCUCACUUUCUGA